AAGAAGUAUACUAUAAUGGACAGAGUUAAGGCAGAAUGUUACCAGAACAACUUAAGACGCACAGGCCCAUCAGUUCGAUCCACUAAUCGAAAGUUUAAUGACGACCAGCAUUUAGGGUCGUCAGAAAACCACCAUUCGAGCGGAGGAAACAACAAAGCACGGUCAAAACGACCUAUUGGCAGACAAUCCCAGCCCGGUAGUGGUGAUACUACCAGACCAUUGCCUUGUCCGCAGUCCUUGUGGCGUGGCGUGCCGAACAGAGUCCUAAUCGUUUACGGAUUGGAAAGAAUGAACGUCAAUUGCGAUAAGGUUUUUAAUUUGUUUUGUAUUUACGGAAAUGUUACAGCAGUGAAGAUUUUGAACGGAAACCAAGUACUCGUCGAACUGCAGGACGUCGAGGCUGCUAAGAGAUGUGUGUCCAAGUUGAACUUGAUUCGGUUGGAUAAAACUACAAAUCUAAAAGUCAAGUAUUCGAAACAUUCCUAUAUUAAUGAUCAUGGAACGUCGAGAACCUUAUCAGACGGUACGCCAGCUAAGAAAAUUUACCUGAAAAGCAAGUUCAACCGAUUUGUCGAAAAAGAGAUGAAAUACGCAGAUCAACGACGUAUCGCGACCCCGUCAAAAAUUUUACAUUUUUAUAAUGCACCGUUGGAUAUUUGCGCUAAAAAGAUGCAUAAAGUGGUGACGGACGCCCUUGGUUCCAUGGACGCAAUAAGAUCCAUAACCAUUUUGCCUAAGAAACGUCCAGAUGCCAAAUGUUCAACUGGCCUGAUUGAAAUGAAAAGCAACGAAUUGGCGGUAAAAACGAUUAUUUUGUUGAAUCACAUGCCACUUGAAUCAUCAA